AGGAACCAUGUUGUCACGAGGGCAAUCCACUGGGACGUUUGAGCCCACGUUCAUACAUGUCCAUCGGACUUGUCUUUUGUGACCGGCUGUUGACAGGCUGCGUGUUUGAUUUCAACAAGGGAGUGGAGAAGACGACGUGUCUGCGGCCGUGCCGACCACAAAACAAGGCUGAUGGAAAUUCUGUCGAGGAAGUUAGCAGCUUGACUCAAGCUCUGACGCCUGCCUCAGUCCCUGACACGGAACAGCAUCUACGCGAUGAGACGUUGACAUUCCGCUCACGGGAAAUGAGCAACGCGUCUGUGUCGGAGAGGAGCAGCUGGAGCCGCCGACGAUGAGGCCACGACCGCCACGACCACCGCGACGUCGAGCGGCGGAGAGACAUCCACACACCGACCGCUGGGCUAGCAUUAGCCAGCUAGCACGCUAAUGUUUACAUGCCGAACUCACCAUUCAGUCUGAUGACGAACUGCCGACGCUUCCUGUCGUGCUCCACCUGGAUCUGGGAGCUGCUCGCGUCGAACACGUUCGCCGGGGCCGCCUGCGCCAUGGUUGCUUCGCUAAAGUCGACGGAGACCGCGGAGCAGAAAUGGCUAACAUGAAAUUAUGAACUGCCAAAGCAAAACACGGUCCAGCCGAGGGAAUCAGCUGUGAGGUCACGUGCGACGCCCAGCCAAUCAACGCCGGCGCUGCCGGAGAGGGGCGGGUUUGAGAUCAUUUUUAAUAUUAGUCAGUUACAUAUAGUUUGAAUGGCACAGUUUCAUGAAAAAAACUAAAAACAUCCCAAAUUUCGUGAAGAUGCCCUCAAAGAUAUCAAUGACACAAGUGGUCAGACGAUGAGCAUGGAUAGUCCCCCAUAUAUUCAGUUAAAAGUCAUAACAUUCUGCUUUUCUGCACUAGGGGAUGUAUUUCAUUAAUGUGGCUGUCAGACGAAGUGUCUAGCAUUACACAGUGGAUGAGUAGCGUGUUGAAGUUCACACCUCUUGAAGAUCUUUGUUUUUGUCUUUUAGCAAGGAGCCCAUAGGAAACUUACAUCCUAUUAGGCCCCGAUUGUCUUCAAACAACAACAGCAGGGCUGUGGUUUGGCAUGAGGACAGCGGAUGCUCUGUCUAUCUGUUGUCAUCAAUGCACCUUAUCUGUAUUAUUACAUGUUUCCAUUGGUUUAUGAUCUGUCAAGACCUGUAAUCCAGUUUUUUUUUAAAUUCUUGGUGUACAAAAACAGACAAGUGAUGUAUCUAAGACAAUGUUUCACAUUUCACAGAUCCAUGGCGACAGCUGUGUCGCAGUGAUGCAGAGUCAGUGGUCAGAUCCCUCGCAGUCAUACUCGAGUUCCAGUGUUAACUGCUGCUACUUUGUCCUGCGCUCAUGAAAAAAAUACAGCAUCUUGACAUGGACUUCACGGAAUAGGAAUAUAUUUCAAGACAAUAAAGGUGUUUAACAGACUGAGAGGGAGCACACUUGCUGCUGAGAAUGAUGUCCAGAAAGCCAAGGUGGCCUGAGACCAUGGUAAACUCCAAGACCAACACAUCUACGCAGAAGAAAGCGGCAAAGGACCGACUGACAGUACCAGUAUCUGGUGGUGGUAAGAAGGCUGACAGCAGUGCGUCUAAACCUGUUGUCAGCUGUGGCAGGAGCAGCAGCCAAGGCAGCAGAGGCAGUGACUCGGCUGCGAGUGCCAGUAAAGUUGGUGGCAGUUUGAAAAGAAGCAGCCACAGCCCCCAAGGCAGCGUUGCCCCCCAGGGCACCAGACAAGCAUCUCACCCAGGAAGAACAGCUCUCCGCCUCUGCAGCAGCCGGAGCUUCUCGUCCCUCCACACCCGCUCGCUCACGGCUGCUCCGUUCAUGAGAAGCAGCCGCUCCCUCAGCAGACUCGACCAGAGAUCCACCAGACAAGAUUCAGACCCUGCAGUUCCAAGCUCACAAGUUAAAAAAGAGCAAACUUCACAAAAGAAAAUCCUGGAUGCUGGCCGAACGUCGUCCUUUGAAGAGCAAACCAGGGAUAACAAGGACCUGCGUCAUGAUGAUAAUGCGGCAAAAAUGAGAACAAGCAGCUCCUCUGAACAUCAAGAGUCUUCAUCUCCUUCAGUUGCUACUGCAGCAUGUUAUCAACACUGCAACAAAGUAAAAGAACAGACUAAAGAUGGUGUGUAUACUCUCUGUGCAAUGACCUCUGGGAUGAGACGUAACUGGGUCCAAGCAGUGUUGAAGAACGUGAGGCCCAGUCUCACAGCUGAGGUCACGAGCUCCCCUUCAGGGCAGAAGACUCAACAGAAGUCACAUCAACCGGACUCAGAAUCAGCUGAGGUUGAGAGGAAAUCUGAAAACCCAAACAGUUGUUUGCAAGAGCACAACACCAGUGACUGCGAAGAGGAUUCACAUCAACAGCAGGAAGAACAGGAGAUGGAACUGCAGCUGGAGAAAGAGCAGAGCUCGGCUGUUAGAGACCCUGCUCCUCCUCCCGCCAGUCCUCAGCAGCAGGUUGAUGAGAGCCGCGGUGCUUCCUCUCAUCAGUGCCCUCCUGUUGGAACCACACAGACUGACAUAGAUGUUUCAAUGAAAGACAAGGAAACACUGCUGAGUGAGCAGCAGCAAACUGGCCAGCUUGUCAAAGAGCUGGAACAAACACAGAAGGAGCUGUCACGACUCCAGCAGUUAAACAGGAAUCUGCAGGAUGAACUACAAAAUAAGAGAGAGACACAAUCAAGAAAAUCAUUUUGUCCACAGAAUGAUCUUCAUUCAAACUCUUCGGAACAACCUUUGGCUUUACUGCGGCUGCAGAAGAUAAACCACGACCUCCGUACUGAGCUGGAGGCACAGAAGAGCAGUCACGAGGAGGCCAGGGAAGCUGAACUACAGCGGAGAGUUGAUCUCUUAGCUCAACAAGCUCAGUUACUGGUCACAGGUGAUGCCACAGCACUUGCACAAGCUCAUCUGGAGCAAGAUCGACGUCAGUUUCGUGAGCAGCAGGUGGAGUGGGAGCGCUGUCUGUCCUCCCUGAAGUCUCAGCUGAGCACCAGCGAGGAGCAGAGGAGGGAGGCCGAGUCCCGCCUGUUACAGCUGCAGCAGGAGCUGCAGAGUUAUCACAAUAUCCAGCAGGAGGCCGGUUGCUUGCAGAAACAUCUCCAAGAGAUGAAAACUCAACUUUGUUCCAACGAGGCAGCACAGGCCGAAAAAGAGGCUCGCCUGCAGAAGCACCUCGUGCUCCUUCAAGCAAGUCAGGACAGAGAACGCAGGAGCUUGGCUGCUAGUCUGGAGCAGGCUGAGCAACACUCACGAGACCUCCAGGAGAGCCUGGACAGGGCUCAGCAGCAGGUGGAGAGCCUGCAUAACACGCAGACCUGGACCAGAGAGAUUGAGGAGGCUCAACAGCAGCUUCAAGAGGAGCUAGCACGUACAAUAUCUGCUGUACAGAAACUUCAAGACGAGAGAGAGCAGCUUGACCGCCGCUGUCAAGAACUGCAGAACCAGUUGUCUGAGGCGGACGGAGAGGUGAGCAGGCUGCAGAGCCGCUUGAAAUCGGAGGAGACACAUUACUACAAUCUUGAGCACUCGUAUGAAAAAGUUUCCGAGGAACUGCAGGUGGCUCUGGGGAAGGUGCAGCAAUGGGAGUCUGAAACACAGGACAUACGAGAAGGAUACGAGAGGCUCCUUGAUGGGAAGGAGCAAGAGCUGAGCGAAGUUUUGUUGAAGAUGGAGGUCCUGGGCAAUAGUUUGGAGGAGACAGAAGUGAAGCUGAGUGAAGUGUUGAAAGUUUGCAACUGUGCCUCCUCUCAGCUGAAGGUUGAGUCGUCACAGCCUACUCGUGAUGAGCCUCUCACUGUAAAUGACAUCGCGCAAAAGGAGAUUGACAGCGAUCAACUGUCUAACAGCUCAAAUAGCAUAGAUGUUGUCCAGGUGGACGGCAGCCGCUCAAGAAACAGGUCUCGCUCCAUUGACCCGUCCUACCAGUACACUGCCAGCGCAGGAGAGGAGCCCGGCAGGUUUAUGUCUGUGAUCCAGUUACUUGAAAGUAAGCUUUAUGUGACAGAGGAGAAGCUUACGGACAUCACGCAAAGGCUGGAGGAACACCAGAGUCACACCAGCUACCAGGACCCACACCUUUACUCCCAGCUGACUCAGAGUCGAGCCACCGCCCAGCACCUCAGCCUGCUGCUUCACAGUCAGGCCAAGCAGAGUCAGCGCUUCGCCCAGGAGACUGAGAGCCGCUGCAGGGUGUUGGUUGGCAGGUUCCAGGUCGCUCUGCACAUCUUACAAGCCUGCAGGGAGCGGCUUCAAGCCUCUCCAAUUAAUAUUGCCCAGUUUGAGAAGCAACUAGCCACUGUUGCCGCCUGCCUUCAGCAAGGAGAGAGAGAUGCAGAGAAGCAACAGCAUGAAUCAUAUAAUGCCAGCAAAGGAGAGGACAAAAUCCUCAAUGAUGAGACAUUAGCUGGCGCUCAUAGUAGCAUAAGAGCUAAAAGUAAGGUCACUAAUACAUUUCCCUCAGAAGAUGACAUGGCAAGUGUGAGGAAGUGCUUAAUGAGGGAACUAUUUGUAGUAGAAAAAAUGGUAUCCGUCCUUCAGAAUCGAAAGGACAUUGGCCAACUAUCCUUAACAGCAAGAAGAGAUGAGGGGGAUGUGGCACACAGGUACAAAAGCUUAAUGUCCAAAAUAUUAGCCUUAAAAACAGAAAAAAUGACUCAGUCUAUGAAAGCAGAAUAUGACAAAGGUGAACCUUUGGAAACGGCCAUUGGUAGAGUCUGUGCUGAAGCCGAGCUCAUUUAUGCUGCCUUAAAAUUUCAGGAGCAAUUUGAGAGCCUGACCAAAGUAGAUAAUCGACAAGUGGAUCUGGCAGACAUCAACCCCCCGGAGUUGGCUCCUUAUGAGGAGCAAGUAAAAGUAGAGGGCAGUGGUUUGGAGGAAGCUACAGAACCAGUUGAGAAAGAUCCAUCUGAUGUCAAAAAGAUGGAGGCCAUGAAAGGACCAGAAAGGUUAGAGAGACUUAUAUCCCGGCUACAAACAAGAGCAGAGUUCUUAAACCAACUCUGCCAGGAGACCUCUGACGGACCGGUCAGGGAGUGCAGUAUGGACUACAGCGGGGGGGAUGAUUCAGAAGAGGUCAUGAACUGGAUGCAGGAGCAGGCAAAAUUGAUUUAUGUGUCAGUGAGGUUGCACUUGGAUUUAGAACAGGAGUUGCACCAGUGUGAGACGCUGCAAAACAAACUGCAAGCUUUGCGCAAAGAGCGAGACACCACAUUAAUGGGUGAGCAGGAAGCUUUUAAUCACACCUUAUGUCAGCUUCAGGAGGACAACGGCGAGUUAAGAGAAGAACUCGAGCGUGCUGAGCAAAAGAUCGUAUCGGUAGAGAAUGGGAACCAGAGGCUCCUGGAGGACAUACAGAAAAUUGAGGACUAUCACGGGGAGCGGAUGCAACAACUGGAAACAAGAUUUCAAGAAAAGAUAAGUGAACUUCAGCAGAUCCACGAAGAGGAGAUGAAACACUUGCAUGGCCACUAUACCAAAGAGAAACAGACCAAAACCUGCACAGAGGCACCAGUUUUCACUGAAAGUAACUCCUCCCCACAAGACCAGGCUGUGUUGGACAGAAAAAGAAAAGAGGAGCUUGGGAAUCAGAUGGUUGGAGGCGACGCACUGGCAGUGACAGAGGCCUACCAGAAAAAUCUUGAGCUUGAGGAUCCGGGUUGCACUGCCAUGGAGGAACUGCACAGGAAGCUGCUCGACGAUAUGCAGCAGCAGCAUCAGAUGGAGGUGGCAGCGCUUAUCAAGGAGAAAGACCAGCUGCUGCAGGAGGAGACCGCUGCCACAAUGGCAGCAAUUGUGGCGAUGAGGAGAGCCCAUAAACAGGAGCUGGAGAAGAGCCGACAGUCUCAGCACAUCAGGCAGAGCCCUGAAAUCACACUACUGCACAUUGAAUAUGAGAAGGAGAUGCAGUUAUUGCACAAGGAGCUGGAGGUCUUGUCAGUGCAGCACACUCAGACAUGCCUGGAAAACUCUCAGCUGAGCCAAGAGCUGCAGAAUGAGAGAAAAUCCUCGACGCAGUACCAAAAAGAAAACCAGGAGCUCAAACACAAGCAGAGAGCGACAGAUGAAAUGCCUCAAUUACGUUUCUUGCCAAAUGGGAAACAGUCACAUGUGGCCGCACAAACCAAUGACUUCUAUGAGAUGGAGGUGAUUCUGCGGGCGAGGGAGGCCGAAAUGCAGUUCCUCCGACAGGAGGCUUGUUCACUCAGGGAGGAGUUGAAGAUCGCUCGAAUGGACAAAAUCUACGCCCAGAACAAGCUGAAGGCCCUCUUUACCAACAGCCAGGACGAGACGCAUCAUGAUGUCAACACACUCAGUGAAGGUUUCAAAUCCACCGCUUGGUCUCCAGACAGAGAUGUAUCAACAAAGAGCAUCAAGAGCUCCAUGACAAACUCAAGUAUUUCUGCUUUUCUGAGGAAAACAGAGAAAUCAUCUCUCACGGGUCAGAUCCGAAGAGUGAGUUCGAAGAGGUUGAAGGAUGGCCUUUCUGUUCAAGAAAGAAUGAAGCUAUUUGAGUCAUUUUGAUCUGAAGGAGACCAGAAGUUGGAGUCUGCAUAUCACCGGAAAACGGCUGUUUGUCGAGUGCAGUUUAAAUACAGAAGGGCUUGUAUGUACAGUAUGUGUGUAUGUCUGUCUAUUAUGUGUGUCUGUCACUUUCGUUGUUACACAGUAUGUGUUAUUAUUAUGUGCAUGUUUUUUUAUUGUUUGAAAUGUUAAUGUGUUGUUUUGUUGUUCAUGUACUACGUGGUUUGGAAAAGAUAAGCAUGUGUGUGUGUGUGUGUGUGUGUGUGUGUGUGUAUGUGAUAGGGAGAUAGAUAGAGAGAAAGCAUCAGAAUACCACUAGAGGGAGGGCAAACACUAGUUCUCUAACAUUUCUAAAUGUUUGCUCUUAUGUUCACACUUUGCGUUUUCAUUAAACUAAAUCUCAGUGGGUUGCACCAGUUGCAUAAAAGUUGUUAUGCAGAUAUUGUACCACUAGAUGUAGCGUUAUACAACAUUUACUCUCUUAUACUUUUUAAACUUUGAUAUCUAUUCUACUGCUGCAGAUAAAAUCACUUUUAUGGAGUUGUCUAAUGACCAAAAAUGAUUUGAGCUGCAAAAUAAAUUUUGAGGGGUUAUUAUUUAUCUGAUGAGUAAAUGAAAAUAGUCAUCAUAAUGUAUGUAUGUUUAAAUAAAGCAUUUUGCAUUUGUUUGCAAACCAAAUACCAAAGACAAUUGGAAAUAUCUAUGAGAGCAUCAGUAAAUACCCUUUAUUUACUGUAACAGUUAUUACAAUUAUUUCAGUUAUGUUGUAAAAUAUGUGAGCACCUUACAACAGGAGGAGCAGCAGCAAACGAGGAGCGGGACACAGGGAAACGCUGAUGUCUACUCUAAUGUGAAACACACACUGUUCAAGUCUGCACAGAGCAGUGGUCCUCGGCAGGGUCUGCAACAUGAUACCACCCGUCACACAGAAGGAGAGGAGCCAGAAAAAUCCCUACUUUCAAAGAUCCCAAACAUUUUGCGAUAACUUCCGAAUGACAGUCUUAUUGUUUACUAUUGCUUCUGUCUUUCACGAGUACACUGUGAGCCUCACAUCACUGAGAGGUGGGCUUCUGCUCACCUCGGAUGACCCCUGAAGAGUAAUAUGGGUAGACCUAGAAUUAUUUCCAGAGAUCCGAUUUCUGUGUAAAUUAUAACAGCUCCCCGUGUCCUUGCAGAUGAACCCGAUGUUGCUCUGCUCCCUGCAGUCACAUUCCUAAAGAGGAAUAUCACACCUCAUUAAAACCAGACACUCAUCUUUCCUUUCCUGUGACGAGUGCGUGUGAAACUCCGCUCAUGUGGGGCGUUGUGAGCCGACACUUAGAAAGAGCAAAGCUGACUUUUACUGUAACCCGUCAUGGAUUUAAUUCUGCACCUUUGAGGUAUUAUGGCUUACUGUGAUAAUUGAAACAACAUACCAGGUCUUCAAUUGUUCUCUAACAUGGUUUUUGUAUCAGGCAGGUUUUGACAUGAAGUGACAGUUGAAUUUAUAUAGUUUUAUCCAAGAGGGUCAAAAUUUGUUACAUUUAAAAAAAAAAAAAACAGUCAUAGAACAAUGUCAUGUGCUUUUUGUUGCCCAUAAAUAUUUUUUUCCAUUGAUUCCCAUAUGUUUCUGUGUCUGUUCUGUGUGUUUUAAGUAUCCUGUCCCUACUUGUGUAUAAAACUUUUUUUACUUUGCUGCCCACCUUGACCAUGACUCCCUGGCAGGAGAGAUAUUGUAUCUCAAUGGGACUUUCCUGGUUAAAUGAAAGGAUAAAUACAAUUUUUUUUUAUUAUUGCGAAAAUAAUGGAAUAAUAUUGUACUUGGAAGUUCAAUCCUCACAUUGGACAUUGGAGUUUAAAUGAUCAUAACUCAAAGUCCUUUGGUGUAAAGACCUGAAGCUGAGCUGUAACAGAUGAGUCAGAAGAGUCAAUGGAAACUAUUUUGAUGAACAAUUUCAUCACAGUC